AUGCCCAUCAGCGAAGCAGAACUUGACGUCGCUGUGGAGUUGGCCCUGCGCGCUGCCCAUUUCGCCGCCUUGAUCAUCGAUAAGGCCAUGCUGGAGCGGGAAAGUGCACUUAUGGACUUCGCCAGUAAAGCAACUUCGGUAGAUCUCGUGACACAGUACGACAAGCAGUGUGAGGAGGAAGUUCUGACAAUUCUUCGCACCACGACGCCGCAUUACGACAUACUCAGCGAGGAAACCCACAGCAGCGUGGAGCUCAGUGAUAAACCCACGUGGGUGGUGGAUCCUAUAGAUGGCACCACAAGCUUUAUCCACGGCCUCUUUGACUGCUGUGUGUCCAUUGCCCUGGUUGUUGAUAAAGAGCCGGUCCUCGGCGUUGUUAGUGCCCCGCGGCUCCACGAAGUGUACUCGGCUGUCCGAGGCCGUGGGGCGUAUUGCAACGGACAACGUAUUCAUGUUUCGGAGAGGCGCACGCUCCAAGAGUCUGUUGUCCUGUUGCACGUGGCUGUUAACCGUACUGCGCCUGCGGUGAAUAGUUAUCUCGCCAUGCAAAAGGAACUUGCCUGCAUUCCUGUUCAUGCAGUGCGAUGCCACGGUUCAGCGGCGCUUGACAUGUGUUUUGUUGCGGGCGGUAGGGCGGAACUGUACUUUGAGGUGGGCACGUAUGCCUGGGACAUCGCUGCUGCCGCCGUUAUUGUUCGUGAAGCAGGCGGCGUGGUCCACAAUAUCGACAAUGCAGAGUUUCUUGAUAUCAUGUCACGUGGCUUCUGUUGCGCCAAUUCGCUGGGACUCUCAAGGCUGGGGAUGGAGCUUUCAACGAAGCACAAUUAUAAAGAGGCCACAUUGGGGAUUUAG